CUACUCUGCUGGUUCCAAGAAGAGACGAGGGAGCCUCCCUGACCUAAACCUCUUCCCCUGCUUGGUAACUUGCUUCAGAUGGAUCUCAAGAGAAUGGACCGCUCUCUUGUUGAUCUUUCCAAGAAAUAUGGAUCGGUGUUCACAGUGUACCUUGGACCUCACAAAGUGGUGAUUCUGGCUGGAUACAAGACCGUGAAGCAGGCACUGAUCAACCAUGCUGUGGAGUUUGGAGACAGAUAUAUCAGUCUCGCUAACCAUGACUUAAGUGGUGAACAAAGAAAUGGAAUCAUGUUUGCCAACGGAGACUCGUGGAAAGAAAUGAGGCGUUUUGCUCUGAGCAACCUGAGAGACUUUGGGAUGGGCAAAAAAACAGCAGAGAAUAAAAUCAUUGAUGAGAUUCAGUAUCUGAUUGAUGUGUUUGAAAGACAUGAAGGUCAACCCUUCAGUAAUGCCAAGUCAAUAAAUUAUGCAGUCUCCAACAUCAUCUCUUCAAUCGUCUUUGGCAGCAGAUUUGAAUACAGUAAUGAAGAGUUUAAACUCAUGGUAACCCGAGCAAAUGAAAACAUUCAGCUUUUAGGUUCUUCUUCAAUACAGUUGUUUGAAAUGUUCCCGUGUAUAUUUCAAUGUGCGAGAAACAGAAUGCGUCUCAAGAGGAACGUUGCUGAAAACCGAAAACAGAUAAAACUGCUGAUCGGACGUCUACAAGAAACCUUGAAUGUUGAGAUGUGCAGAGGAUUUGUGGACUCGUUCCUAGCACACAAACAGAAGCUGGAGGAUUUGAAGAUUACGGAUUCACACUAUGACAUGGAGAACCUGGUGUCGACUGCUGCCAACCUCUUUGCGGCUGGUACUGAUACGACAGGAACUACACUGAGAUGGGUUCUGUUGCUGAUGGCCAAAUAUCCCCAAAUUCAAGACCAGGUCCAGGUGGAGCUGAGCAGGGUGGUUGGAGACCGUCAGGUGAGGGCAGAGGACAGGAAGAACCUGCCCUUUGCUGACGCUGUCAUCCAUGAGACACAGAGAUUUGCUAAUAUACUUCCCAUCGCUAUUCCUCAUCACACCAGCACAGAUGUGACUUUUCAGGGAUAUUUCAUAAGAAAGGGGACCCCCGUGUUUCCUCUUUUGACAUCGGUUUUGUGGGAUGAGAGUGAGUGGGAGACCCCACGCACCUUUAAUCCUGCCCAUUUCUUGGACAAGGACGGGAAAUUUGUCAUGAGAGACGCCUUCAUGCCCUUCUCUGCAGGACGCAGGGCGUGUCCUGGAGAAGGUCUGGCCAAGAUGGAGCUCUUCCUCUUCUUCACUUCCCUCGUACAGCGCUUCCGUUUCACUCCUCCACCUGGAGUGAAAGAGGAGGAUCUGGAUCUGACUCCAGCUGUGGGCUUCACCCGCACCCCUUCACCUCAUGAGCUGUGUGCUGUCAGUCGUGAGGGAAUUCAAAAUGAGUAGAUUAAUACUUAAGGACUUUACUUAAUAAGUAAAUGGGAUAACAAUUAUUUAAAAGCUGUUAGAAAAGCUAUUUUCUACCUUGAUUCAUUAGGCGAAACAUCAAUGUGUUUAAAAGACGUCGCCACAGGGUUGAGUAUGUUAUUGAUUCAUGAUAUGUUUUGUGGUAUUAUUAACAUGUGUAAUGGUAAAAUAUGUUAUAACAUAGUCUUAUGCCGAAAGAGUGAUUAUUGUCUCUAUUGAAGUAAUGUGAGAAGAGAAGGGAGAUUCAAAAGGUGUCUUUUGCAACUGUCUAAAGGAAGACGCUUUCUCACAAAUGCUCAUUUAAAGGAACCCUGUCACCCCCAUAUUAAUCCUGGUUCUCAUCUCCACUUGGUUUGCAACAUUUCAUACCUGCCGCUGAGGAUGACCUUCAUGUGCGUCUAUAAGAACUCAGCAUUUUCACUUCUCGAAGACGCCAUCUCCACAGAGCAUCGUUAUACGCGCUUGUGUAUUUGACCUCCUGCUCGCAAGCAAUAAAUGGACUUUUUUGAUCAUU